AGUAGGAAUAUGUAACUGUUGAACAUGUGGAAUAUGGCUCAGACCCCGGCGGUAAAAACUCCACUGCGGAGAUCCUUCAGCGAGCAUGUGAAAGAUUCCACCAACAAGGCUUGGGAUGUCUUCUGGAAGAGUGUGAGGGAGAGGCGGCUGUCGGGACGGCAUCAUUCUUCUGCGCCAACUAGAUGAGAGCUGGGACCACACAACCUUUACUGCACCAUGGAGAGCUGCAAAGAGGACAAACUACACAGACUCACUGGAGCAAAUCACAAGCACCCUAUUUACAAAGAGAUUGAAGCCAAGGAGGCCUGUGAUUGGCUGCAAGCGGCCGGCUUCCCGCAGUAUGCGCAAUUAUUCAAAGACUGCAGGUUCCCUAUUGACAUUGAGUGGGCGAAGCAGGAUCACCACUUCCUGGAUAAGGAUGCUCUUGAUUCACUCUGCAGGAGAUUAAGCACUUUAAACAAAUGCGUGGAAAUGAGGCUGGAGCAGAGGAGAUCAAAACGAAGGGGAGACAACUGUGACGAAGAAGACUUCUGUGCCAUCAGCCCCAACUGGACCUACGACAGGCGGACGCGGCGAUGGCAACGCCUCGACUCCACAAUGGACAUCCUUCGCUUGUCUGACAGCCCCACUGGACCCCGCGAUGUGUCUCUGUGUGACCGCCAUGACGUCUGCUCCAUCCACAGCUCCAGCAGCACUGAGAGCGAAGGCCACAACGGACAGCACAAGAAUCAAACCAUCACAAGCGCCUCCCUCAGCGCUACCGCCAGCACCACGGACGACCUGGAGACCAGCAGGAGCUCCUCCCGCUGCUCCUCCACGAACAAGACGCCUUCGCUGGACCCUUCGUUUAGUGGAUCGCCUUCCCCCGGUGGAAGUGGUGGAGGAUCGUCCACCGUGAGUCUGGAGGCCGGAGGCUGCUUUUCAGACAAGCCGCCCAGGAAGAAGGGCACCAGUCUGCUGAGGAAGAUGGAGAAACUGAGGAUGAGGGGAACGGCCAGCCUCCUCUCCUCUGCUCACAGCGGUGGUGCUAACGGCGGGAGUCGGGCCCGGCCCACUUAUAACGUGCCGGUUCAGGUCCAGGAGGAGGAGAAGAUGAAGAGGUUAAACAGCCCGUCAAGCCUGCAGGGUCUUCCCAACAGCCGUGCGUCUUCCUCGCCCUCGUCUCCUCACACUAUCAGCAGCAGUAGCAGUAACAGCCAAUCAGAGAGCAGCAGCACCGUCAGCACGCCCAGCCCGGUCACCCGGAUCAGGAGUAACUGCAAACGUUCCAACAGCGGCAUCGGGGUCGGUGGUGGAAUGACCCGGAACAACCAGAACCACACGGGAACAGAGGACUACAGGAACCAGAUCAACAACAACAACGGCGGCCACGAGACUCUGGUGUUCCAGAUCCCCCACGGACACAAACCGGGGACCUUCCCCACUUCUCUGGCACACAAACACACCAUCCUGUCCCCCGUCAUCGACAACACCUCCGUCAACUGGAGGACAGGGAGCUUCCACGGUUACCGGGGGCGGAACAGUUGCCGCCUAGGCACGUCAUCGCUGGCCACGGGGGACCGGGGGACCUCGUCAUCUUCCCCUUGUGAUGUCGCGGUCCCCAGUCCGCUCGCUAUGCUGGAUCACCGGCUGAGUAUCUACGACAACGUGCCCGACGAACAGCAGCUGUCUGAAAGUGAAGGUAGCAGUGGCAGCGAUGCAGAACGGAUGGGUGAGGAGUCAGAGGUGAGUCGAUUGUUGGCAGGUGAAGACGUUUUCUCGGCUCUGGACAGCGUUUUGGAGCGGAUCAGUGACCUCCAACAACUGGUCUCCACCUGGUCUGAAAAUCUAUCAGAGGACGACUGUCAGAGAGGUUCCUCCUCCUCUUCUUCCUCCUCCUCCUCUUCCUCGUCCACCUCUUCCUCUUCUUCCUCCAAGGACUCAGCUAACCGCGGCUCCUCUGCAGCCUCCCCCUGCUCCUCCUCCCUCAGCCACAUCCACCUGCAGGUGCAGCAUCCGGAGGAGAGGGAGGAGGUAAAGAGCCAUGAGGAGGUACCUGUGAACAGAGAGGAGCCCAAGACCAGAUCACCUCAACCCAGGAGCAGCAGAGUGAGCCAGCAGCUGCACUGGUCCAGCGAGCAGAGCCUGCCCUCCUUGCCCUCCAGUCCAGGAGUGGAGAACCAGUCUGUGUCCCAGUUCCUCCUGCUGCAGAAACUCUCUCUGCUCAAACUCACCGCUCUGAUGGACAAAUACUCCCCGUCCAGUAAGCAGGGCUGGAACUGGACGGUUCCUAAGCCGCAGAGGAAGACCAAGGUGAUGGAGGUGAAAGGUCGUCGCGUUUUUGGGGUUCCUCUGCUGUUCAGCGUCCAGCAGACAGGAGAGCCACUUCCUCCCAGCAUCCUCAGAGCGCUGGUCUACCUGAGGACCGAGUGUUUGGACCAGGUGGGUCUUUUCCGUAAGUCAGGGGUGAAGUCUCGGAUCCAGUACCUCCGAGAGCUGGUGGAGUCUGACCCAGACGGCGUUUCGUACGACGGUCAGUCGGCCUUCGACGUGGCCGACAUGGUGAAGCAGUACUUCAGAGACCUGCCUGAACCCAUCUUCACCAGCAGACUCUGCGAGUCCUUCCUCCACAUUUACCAAUACUUUCCCAAGGAUCAGCAGCUGGUUGCAGCUCAGGCAGCCAUCUUGCUGCUUCCUGACGAGAACAGACUGGCACUGCGGACGCUGCUGUUCUUCCUGCGUGACGUGGUGGCCUGCGUGGACGAGAACCAAAUGACUCCAACCAACAUUGCAGUUUGUCUGGCGCCGUCGCUCUUCCACCUCAACACCCUGAAGAGAGACGCCAACGCACCCAGGUCGAGUCAUAGGAAGUACAGCCUGGGCCGCCCGGACCAGCGGGACCUGAGUGAGAACCUGGCUGCCACGCAGGGCCUGGCCGACAUGAUCACAGAGGCCCAGAGACUCUUCCAGCUUCCAGAGUUUUGGCCCGGUCAGCUUUCAAGUGCUGCAGGCUCCACGGAAGACUCCCUGUCUGAGGAAGGAGAAGGCCGGGUGACCCCCAGUCAGAGUGGAGGAGAGGAGGAGCAGGAGGAGCGCAGGAGCAAGCUGCAGCUGAGCACCCAGCACCUCCUGAAGGAGGCCAGAGAGAAGAGCCGAGGCUGGGAGAGCCACCCAGCUCCAGAGCACGUGGAGCUGGCCUUCAAGAAGAUGGACGACGGCUGCCCGCUGUGGAUGUGGCGCGGCUCCGUGGAAGUGGACGCCCCCCAGAAGGAGCUGCUCCACCGGCUGCUGAGGGAGCAGGAGCUGUGGGAGGGAAGCCUGCGCCAGGCCGCCGUCAUCCAGGCCUUGUCAGAGGACGCCGAAGUCUUCCGCUACGUCCUCCACGGCCACGGCCACGGCCUCGGCCCGGUCUCCGGGCCCCCACAGGACCAUCUGCUGCUCAGGACGUGGCAGGCAGACCCGUCCUCCGGCCCUCUGUACCUGUCCUCUGUAUCCACGGAGCACCCUGAGGUGCUGUCGGAGGGGGUGAGAGCCCACGUCCACUCCUGCCUCUACGUGCUGGAGCCCACCGGAGCCAGGAAGACCCGACUGACGCACCUCUGUCGAACAGACACCAGAGGCCGGUCCCAGGAGUGGCACAGCAAAGUGAGCGGACGUCUGCUGGCCUCCCGGCUCCUGGCCAUCAGGGACUCCUUCAGAGCCGAACACAAAGAGACCAAGAUAUGAGCAAGAAGUGGGGGGGCUGAGGAUGAUCUCCAGAUGUCGUCACCCUGAACUUGUAGCCUGGUUAAUAUGCAUCUCUUCACACCUCAGGGUGGACUGCUGGGGGGGAAAUAAGCAUCAUACAGCAUCGAGCUUUAAACAAGUGAGAGCGGAACUGUACGAGUUCCCUUUUCCAGUCAGUCACCUUGCAGAGCGCCAGCAGCCCCCCCCCCCCCCUCCCUGCACGCCCUGCUGCGUCUGUUGCACUUCACUCAAGCUCACAAGACCCCAGAGAGCUUUGACAAAAGACAUUUUGAUGGGAGGAUGAAAAGCUUGACUUCUAACUGAGGGGGGGGGAAGGAGGGCGAGACGGUGCAAGUGGACCGUGUGGUAUCAGGAGUCACGGUUCUGCAUCGUAUUCUUUCCUGGAGCCAGAGAGAGAGAGAGAGAGAGAGAGAGAGAGAGAGAGAGAGAGAGAGAGAGAGAGAGAGAGAGGGGGGGGGGGGGGGGGGGGGAACACGUGGCAGCUGCCUGGAGGAACACAGGAAAUAAGGGCCGAGAACAUCAGGAAACAGACUUUUAGCCACCAGACAUUCAAUGGAAAGGAAAGAAGGGACGAGGAGAGAAGGCAGCAUCUGUACUGACCCUACGACCAGGAGCAAAGCAGUGGGGGGGAACCGGAUGACGGGGGACGUUUGAAUCCAUCCCGUUCAGUGACAGGACACACACGUGUGACAGUUCAAAGACGAGCGAUAUCUACCUCUCCACAGUUACACGACUUUGACGCAGGACAAAGUUGCGAUUUGACGGAGGCGUCGUGGCGCGGCGGGGAGCGCGCCUUUUGUGCGCGCUCCCCGGCUCUGUGACGAAUAUCCAACCAGACGUCUCUCCCUCCAAACUUCCAGAUUAGUUUUUUUAACAUUUGUAUUUAUUGGUAGUGCGUCUCUGCGCUUGUACAGUCGUGUUACUUUACUUUCUGUGUGCGCAUGUCAAAGUCAUAUUCCAGAUUAUUUAACUUGACGCAUAUCUUAAAACAAAUCUUAUAUCUAAAAAACACAAAUCUUAUUUAAUUUCGAGCUUUCAGAAAAUGUUUGUGUGAGUGUGAAAUCUAAAUGCAUCAGAACCGAACGCCUAAUUAAAAUGUUUAUUUCUCUCUGAA